AUGGCAUCGGUAUCGAAGUGUUUGAAGGCGCUCGCAGGUGUGAAGCUAUACAAAGAUCCAGAUUGGACAAUUGCUGGACUCGGAUCUUGUAUGAGGUGUAUUCUCAUGCGAGGCCCUGUCGCCGGAAUGCACCAACAAGAUUCCUUACAAUAUGUCAGGAACGCAAACUUGUGUGAUUUUGUUUCAAAGGGCGAUCAGGAGGGAGGUUCCGUCCUAGACAACUUGUGUAAUGUCCUAGUGGCUUCUCCUACACGACCUGGUGUCAUGGUCGCCACUGCUGGAUCUGGACAUUCGUUCAAGUUUACGCUUGUCUUGGGAGAUGUCAUAGCUGAUAUAUUUGAAAAGAAUGCAGCGUCUGCCGUGUAUGGAGAUGUAUUUAGAUGGAGGACUGCGAAGAAGGCUGGAGUAGAGCUUCAGGGAGAGGAAGGGCGUGUUGUGAAAGCUGCUCGCGGACGAGAAGAACUUCAAGCUCAUCGAAUGGCGCAUCGUGACGAGCUUUUAGCUGGUAAAUUAUAA